AUGUCUGCAAAUGUCGAUCAGAGGUCAAAGGGUCAACCUAAUCAAGUGUCUAAUGGUGCUCCCAAAGAUGUGAUGAAAGAGAGUGAUCCCUACCUGCAGCAGCCACAGCACUCUAUGAGAUCAUGGAGUGAUCAGACUUCAGAUGCCGGUUAUACUGCUCCUCCAGUGUCGACCAUGAGCGUGUCAGACUCAUUUUUUCAAAGCUACUACCCCUCAAACAUCACCUACCCGUUCAUGAGCCAAGGAAUCAGCGGCUCUGAAGGUCCGUGGUCCAAUGGUGCGGACACCAUGUUUGGAAUGGGCUAUGACUACAGUAACAUGUACGGCGGAUUUGGAUUUUCUUUCAACAACUGGGAUUACCCCAGUGACUAUUGGGGUGCAUCACAGCCACCAGUGCGUAAAGACCAGAGGGGUUAUCCCACGGAAGAAUAUUACACCUCAGAAAUGAUUCCUCCUGAUAGCUACGGCAUGAUGAACGGCGCAACAGUGUUGUCAGAGUCGCAGGAGCCCAUUGGGUCAGUGGAGCAUGGGAUUAGGAGUAUGACCAUAGCCUCCGCCAACACAAAUAUGGAUUCGUCCAGCAGAAAGAAAAUGGUGGAUGUUAGCCAGCCUCCCAUCAUGUCAGAGGCCAUGAUCAGCGUGGACACUUCUCACAUGAUGUUGUCUCCCCAUUCCCAUUCCCAUUCCCAGUCCUCUGUGCAGUCUUCAUCUUUAAUGAGUGGUGGUGGGGGCAAUCAGAGCCAGUCCAAGAAGACUUCCUGGGCUGCCAUAGCCAGCCAGCCGGCGAGACCUCAACAGCAAAUGAGGCCAAGGACUAUCCCAAGGGCUCCAGUGAACCCAAAUAGGCCUCACUAUAUGGAUAUUGGGACUUGGGAUAUCAGAGGCAAUCCCAACAAAACGGUGAUGCUGCCACCACAGCAGCCUUCAGCACAACCAGCCCAGCCACGUCAAAGCUGGGUGACCAAUCCUGUCCGCAGCAGCAGUAGGCAAAUGCAGCCACACUCAGCCAGUGGACCAGGGAGUGACUGUUCAGUUAAUAACACGAACCUCAACUCUAAUAAUAGCAACAGCAUCAUCAGUAGCGGUACAGGAAAUGCAGACAGGCACUCCCCUUCUUAUUCAAACUAUAGUGAUGUUGCCGAUGCAACCCCCAGCAACACACGGAAGAAUGACAGCUGUGCAACAACGAACGGUGACAACCACCAGCCUAGUGCUCCAGCACCCUCACAUCCUGUUUUGGACCAGCUGAAAUCUUCCAACCUGUACAAUCCAAAGGAAUUCAACCUGAACCCAAAGUCCGCUCGUUUCUUCAUCAUAAAGUCUUACUCAGAGGACGACAUCCAUCGGUCUAUAAAGUAUAAUAUCUGGUGUAGUACAGAACAUGGCAACAAAAGACUAGAUGCUGCUUUCCAGGAACGGGAGGGAAAGGGACCCGUCUACCUCAUUUUUUCUGUUAAUGGCAGUGGUCAUUUCUGUGGCAUCGCUCAGAUGAUGACGCCCGUCGACUACAACAGAAGUGCGGGCGUUUGGGCUCAGGACAAAUGGAAGGGCCAGUUCAUCGUGAAGUGGGUGUACGUAAAGGAUGUUCCAAACAGCCAGUUGCGACACAUUCGGCUGGAAAAUAAUGAGAACAAACCAGUGACCAACUCGAGAGACACACAGGAAGUUCCUCCAGAGAAAGGCAAACAGGUUUUGCGUAUUGUCCACAGUUACAAACACACAACUUCUAUUUUUGAUGAUUUCAUUCAUUAUGAAAAACGUCAAGAGGAAGAUGCCCAUACAGGUCUUCAACAACGGGACACUCGCAGUGACUCACGAGGAGAUCAUCGUGGUGCUGAAAGAGAACACAGAGGUGGGGAGAGAGAUCGAGGUGGGGAGAGAGAUCGAGGUGGAGAGAGAGAUCGAGGUGGGGACAGAGAUCGAGGUGAUGCCCCUGGUGGCAGAAAUUGGGAUAACAGGAGAGGUGGACAUGAAGGUGGCAGUCGUGGAGGAUAUGAAGGUGGCAGUCGAGGAGGAAAUGAAGGUGGCGGUCGAGGAGGAUACGAAGGUAACAGUCGAGGAGGGAAUGAAGGUGGCAGUCGAGGAGGAUAUGAAGGUAACAGUCGAGGAGGAUAUGAAGGUAACAGUCGAGGAGGGAAUGAAGGUGGCGGUCGAGGAGGAUAUGAAGGUAACAGUCGAGGAGGGAAUGAAGGUGGCGGUCGAGGAGGAUAUGAAGGUAACAGUCGAGGAGGGCAUGAAGGUGGCGUUCGAGGAUACGAAGCUAACAGUCGAGGAGGGCAUGAAGGUGGCAGUCGUGGAGGAUAUGAAGGUAACAGUCGAGGAGGGAAUGAAGGUGGCGGUCGAGGAGGAUAUGAAGGUAACAGUCGAGGAGGGCAUGAAGGUGGCGUUCGAGGAGGAUUUGAAGGUAACAGUCGAGGAGGGCAUGAAGGUGGCGGUCGUGGAGGAUAUGAAGGUAACAGUCGAGGAGGGCAUGAAGGUGGGAGUCGUGGAGGAUAUGAAGGUGGCCCUCGUGGUGGACAUGAAGGUGGCAGUCGAGGUGGGCGUCAAAAUUAA